AAGGUCUUCACUGAUCCUUCGAAUCUUCAGCGACAUAUUCGGUCACAGCACAGCGGAGCCCGAUCACACGCCUGCACCGAGUGUGGAAAAACAUUCGCGACUUCCAGCGGACUCAAACAGCACACGCACAUCCAUUCAAGCGUGAAACCAUUUCGAUGCGGAGUCUGCCAUAAAGCGUACACCCAGUUUUCAAAUUUGUGUCGACACAAACGCAUGCACUCGACCUGCCGGACCCCGAUCGCAUGCAAGAAGUGCGGCCAGAAUUUCUCCACGACCGCCUCGUUAACUAAACAUCGCAGAUUCUGCGAGACGCCCGCGUCGACACCUGAAGGAUAUUCCGCCGACAAGCUGUCUUUCAACGACGUGGCUUUGAAUAACAACGAUUCGCUACCGUUUCUGGAGAAGAAUCCGCUAGGACCUUUUCUCCCGAAUCUGGCGAAUUUCCUGCCGGUCUUCUCGAACUUCAAGCAAGAGAACCUCCAGGAUCUCGUGUACAAGCUCAGCGCUAGAGAACACACCGACGAAAACGACAGAAAACCUUCGGACUUUCUGAACGAGUUGAACAAGCAGAUCGCCCAACGGAGUCGUCAGGUAGACGAAUUCAAGAGCGCUUCGGACCUCGCAGCGGCGCACGAGGAAAAUCAGCAGAAAUCCGGCGAGCGCUCGGUGUCUGAAAACUCCGGCGAAGACUCGGACGCUGACGACGAGCACGAAGACGACGAGGAGAUCACCGAGGACGAAGACAUGGAGUUCUCGGCAGUACACAGUUCUCCCAGGAGACCAAUCUAUGAUAACUAUCGGCAAUCUUCCCCGAAGCCGGCGGCAGUGUGGCCAGAGAGCUUGCUCAACGGCUCGAGCAUGAUGGGCACCCUGGAAGCCCUAAAGAAAAGACCCACAGAAGCCGAUAAGGCGAUGGCUCUCAUGACGUCGAGUCAGGCGGAAAAUUUCGAAGCCGCCCGAGGCUCAGCCAACUUGGACAAGGACGAUCAACCUCUCGACCUGCGCGUUUCACACAAACGAGACUCCUCCGCCAGUCCGCCUCCGUCGGACCGACCCGGCUCGAGCCACAGCUCCGCCGAAGGUGAAAGUGUCGCGGACCACGAAUCCGUCGUAGACAAAUCAGAAGGUUCCGCCAACACGACCAGAGCUCUGACACCGCCCUCGGCAGCCAAGGGAUCCGCGAGUCAGGCCUCGCCGAACCAAUCCUUGCAUCCACUGCUGUACGAUCAACUCGGCAUGUUCAAUCGGCUCCCCGGAGAUAAGUCGCUGUCUCUGUUCCCGCAGAUCGACUCGAGUCUGAUGUCGAAUUCUCGGCUGGGGUCGAGUCUGUUCCCCUUCUUGCAAAAUCUUAAUUUGGUGCGCGCUCAAAUGGCCCAAAUAGGCGCGAGUCACUCGACCAGCCCAACACCUCAGAACGGAGGGGUAAAUGGUAACGGUGUCGGCGGAGGAGCUGUUGGUAACAAUCUCGAAGCUACUCAACGGGGUCGAAGUCCUGCUACUGUUGGCCAUACAAAGGUUAGCAAAGAGCGGUACUCGUGUAAGUUCUGCGGAAAGCAAUUCCCCCGGAGCGCGAACCUCACGCGCCACUUACGUACCCAUACCGGUGAGCAGCCCUACAAGUGCAAGUAUUGUGAGAGAUCGUUCAGUAUCUCAUCGAACCUUCAACGACACGUCAGGAAUAUUCAUAACAAGGAGAAACCUUUCAAGUGCUCCCUUUGCGACCGCUGUUUCGGCCAACAGACGAAUUUGGACCGACAUCUAAAGAAGCACGAAUCCGAGCAUACCCCUCCUUCAAUGAUCGGAAUGAAGUCCCCGCUCAAAGGAAGUCUCCAAGGUCCACUGGCUGCGAAUUUCGAUGAAAUUAGGAACUUCAUCGGCAAGGUCAUACCGGGACAGCCCAUGGAUAUGCAUAAACUAAUCGCUUUGGCCGCGGCUCAGAACGUCGACCGCCAAAAUCGCAGUGGGCAUGGCUCGGAUCUCGACGACUCGGAAAUGAUGGAAGACGAAGAUGACGAGGAGAUCGAUGUGGCCGAUGAACACAUCACCUCAGACAACACUCCGAUCACAGAAGACAAGACCGAGCUGCCAUCGAGUCCAGGUACUCCCGUCAAAGGAUCGAAGAAGAUCUGGUUCCCCAUUUCGAAGCAAGACGCCAGUCCACCUCGGGGAGAACGGGAACCACAAACGCAGGUUCCGGAUUCGCCGUCAAAUGUGAUGUAG